AUGGCCCAGGCUCUGCUGCUCCUCACAGUCCUGGUUUCCAUUGGUCUCAGUGUCCAGCAACUGCAGACACUGAAGGACCCAGAAUUCGUGGCUCUGGGUGGGACGGUCACCCUGUCUUGCAGAUACAAUAGUGGAAACAUUGGUGAUAGCAAUUACCCUUUGUGGGUGCAGCAGAAGCCUGGGAGUAAACCACGGUUGGUGAUGCACCACACCAGCACCAGACCAUCUGAUGUCCCAGCCCGUUUCUCUGGUUCCAAGUCAGGAAAUAUGAUGUCUUUGACCAUUACGGGGGCCCAGACGACCCCAUCAUAUUCCCCCAGAAUAGCCCAGGUGCUGCUCUUCUUCACAGUCCUGGUCUCCGUUGGCUCCAGUGUCCAGCAGCUGCAGACGCUGAAGGACCCAGAAUUUGUGGCUCUGGGUGGGACGGUCACCCUGUCUUGCAGAUACAACAGUGGAAAUAUUGGGGAUAACAAUUACCCUUUGUGGGUGCAGCAGAAGCCUGGGAGUCAACCACGGUUGGUGAUGCACCACACCAGCACCAGACCAUCUGAUGUCCCAGCCCGUUUUUCUGGUUCCAAGUCAGGAAAUGUGAUGUCUCUGACCAUUACGGGGGCCCAGGUAGAGGAUGAAGCUGUGUAUUACUGUUGUGUGUACUUUGGGGGGGUGUUGCACAGACAUUCAUUCAGAUGGGGAAUUCAUAUAGAGAGGGUGAAUGAAUGA